AUGAAAUGGGACGGGAGUAUUUUACUUUCUCUAUUCUCAGCUCAAGAAAAGACGAAGACAAAAAGUGAGAAUACGAUAGAAAAUAUGAAGUGCGAUUCAGUGAUUUCUACAAAAAUUCUUGAAACAUUUACACUUUCAUGGAGCUGGGAAUCAAGAUAUGAACGAAAAUACAGACAAGAGGAAGACUUUCACACAUGUUUGAGAUUUUUCACAGAUUUUGAAGCACGUGCUAUACAAUUAGAUUUUUUGAAUAGGAAGUAG